UCUUAUCUGCUCUGAAUCUCUCUCCAUCCAACAUGAUGAAAGUGAUAGAGGUAUACAAGGUUGCUCCGGCACCGACAACAUCGCCGGCGGCUGUUUCCGAUGAUUACUUUCAUCUCACCUUCUUUGACGCAAUGUGGCUCAAAUUCCCACCUACCCAACGUCUCUUUUUCUACGAAAUCAAGGAUUUAUCGUUCUCUGUUUUCUCAGACGACAUUCUCCCCAAGCUCAAACAUGCUCUGUCUCUCACCCUUCAAUACUAUCCCCAACUCGCCGGAAAUCUUACGUGGCACCCCGUCACCGGUAAGCCGGUUAUCCAUUUCGCGCCGGACAAUGGGGUCUUUCUCACUGUAGCAGAGUCCGCCGCCGACUUUCAUUCUCUCUCCACCGACGAUAUUAAGGAAGCCAAAGACAUGCAUUCUCUAUUGUCGUCGGAAUUCCAUGUUUCCGAGAAUCAGGCAACAGUGCUUUCUCUACAAGUGACUCUCUUCCCUGGAUCUGGAUUCUCCAUCGGAUACACCGCCCACCACGCCGUCCUCGACGGCAAGAGCGCCGCCAUGUUUAUCAAGUCAUGGGCCAAACUUUGCCACGUUGGAUCCCUUCCGUCGGAAUUGACGCCGGUUCUAGAAAGAUCCUUCAUCGACGACAACGACCAUUUAGAUUUUUGCACAAUUUUCACCGAUAAAUGGAAGAAAGUGCCUCCGGAAGGAACCUUCUUCACCCCAGAAAUAUUUAAACCGGAGCCAGGAUUACUCCGAGGAACAUUCCGACUGAGUGGACAACAGAUAGGUCUCAUAAAGAACAAAAUAAAGAACCCGGUUUCAAGUUUCAUUGCGGUUUGUUCAUAUAUAUGGAUGUGUCUGGUUAAAACAGACGGGGGAGAUAUUACAACCGACAAUAUUCAACUCGGAGUUCCCAUGGAUUGUCGAGCACGAUUGGAUCUUCCGAUUCCGGCCAAUUACAUUGGAAAUUGCGUAAUGUUUCAGAUAGCAACGAUAAAUGUUGUAUCUUUGAAAGGGGGAGAAGGGUUGGCUAUGGCUGCGGCUACGAUUCUGGAGGCAAUUGGAAGAUUGGCUAAAGGAGUCGUGAAGGUGGCAGAGAACUGGUUAUCUUAUUCAGAUUCAACCUCUGUCGGUCCGAAAAUGUAUGGCAUUGGUGGGUCGCCGCGUUUUGAGUUGUAUGGGGCAGAUUUUGGUUGGGGUCGGCCGGUGAAGGUGGAGAUGGUUUCCAUUGACACUGCUGGAGUUUUCUCUCUCUGUGAUGCUAGAGAUGAUCAAGGCGGGUUUGAGAUCGGGAUUGUUUUUAAUAAACAUAAGAUUGAAGCUUUUGAGUCAAUUUUCCGUAAAGGGCUUCAAGAUAUUGGUAAUAUUUAA